AUGUUCCCAAAGAUCAACUUCUCAGCUGGCUUUAUAGUCGCUUAUAAGAAAUAUCAGAAGGACCAACGACGCUUCAACAAGAAACCACCCAAUGAAGUCAAACUCGUUGGCACGGUAAAGCUUCACGGUACUCAUGCCGAUAUCGUUGUCUAUUCCAACGACCAGAUCCUCUUCCAAUCCCGCAAUCGCGCCCUUGACCUCGAGCAUGACAACCACGACUUCGUCAAGACCAUGACUCCUCAUAAGAAACAGAUCUUGAGCUUGCGAGACCAAUGCAUUGCGAAAUACGAGGACAUCAAAGGCAAGGGAUCGGUUAAGAGCCAAUACCCGAUCAUUAUUGCUGGCGAGUGGGUUGGCCCCAAGAUACAAAAAGGCGUCGCCCUCGCGCAAUUAGAGAAGAACAAAUUCGUCGUGAUCAGCAUCUCCAUCAACAACUCCUGGGUUCCCGAUCAGACCUUCUUCACCAUCAGCAACGAAAAUGUCGGUAUCUACAAUCUCAUCGCCAGAACAGGAUACUGGAUGGAAACCCUUGAUGUUACGAAGCCGGCUGCUUUCAAGGAGACAAUGAAGAAACUUACCCUGCAGGUAGAGAAGGAGUGCCCGUUUGCAAAGACAUUCGGCAUCAUCGGAACUGGUGAAGGCAUGGUCUGGAAGGGCGACCUCGUAGCUGAAACAAGACAUAUACUGGGAGCAGACCCCAAGUUUUGGUUCAAGGAUAAGGGAGAGGAUCACAGAAACACCACCACCGAGGAUCUAUCGGCUCGCAAAGCAGAACUCAAGGCGAACGCUCGGAAGUUUGCGGAGACUGCGCUGAAGGAGUCGCGCUUGGAGCAGGGAUUGGACUAUUUGCGAGAGAUGCAGGUCAACGGCAUGUUGGAUCGUCAUACUCAGUUCGUCAAAUGGUUGUGCGAGGAUGUUAUCACUGAGGAGAGACGAAUGAUCAAGAAGAUGACCAUUGAUAUCAACCUUCUCCGUAAGGCAAUCGAUGCUAUUGGAACAGAGUGGUACAUGAAGCAGAUUGGUUUUAGAUCUUUAGAUCUUGGUGGAAGUGGUGGUGCUUCGGAGGAUCGAUCAUCUUGA